GGUUCUGUCAUAGUCUUUUUCAUUAAAAUGACCGAGGCCAUGGACUCAAUCAGCUGUCCCAUUUGUAUAGAUCCACUGAAGAACCCAGUGACUAUUCCCUGUGGUCACAGCUACUGUAUGGAAUGUAUUGAGUACUACUGGGAUCAGGAUGAUCGGAAGGGUGUCUGCAGCUGCCCCAUCUGCCAAGAAAGCUUCAUCCCAAGGCCUGUGCUGAAGAAAAACACUGUGCUUGUGGAUUUGGUGAAUAAAAUUGAAAAGAUCGGAUUUGAGUCUGCUUCUACAUCUAACUGUUAUGCUGGAUCUGAAGAUAUGUAUUGUGACGUCUGCACUGAGAGAAAGCAGAAAGCCCUCAAGUCCUGUCUGGUGUGUCUGGCCUCUUACUGUGAGGCUCACCUACAGCCUCACCAUAAGUCGCCUGCCUUGAAGAAUCACAAGCUGGUCAAAGCCUCCUCAAACUUGUGGGAAGAUCUGAAGAAGAUCUGCUCUCGUCACAACAAACUGUUGGAGGUUUUCUGCCGUACUGACCAGAAGUGUAUUUGUUAUCUAUGCUUCGUGGGUCAACAUAAAGACCAUGAGACUGUUUCAGCUGUAAGAGAAAUGAAAGAGAAAUGGAUGGAGCUGGGUUUGAGUCAGCAAAAACUGCAGCAGAAAAUCCAGGAAAGAAAUAAGGAGCAGAAGGAGCUCCAACAGGCUGUGAUGUAUUUUAAUCACUCAGCACAAGAAGCAGAAAAGAACAGUGAGAGAAUCUUUAAUGAGCUGAUCUGCUCCAUUCAGAGAAGACGCUCUGAGGUGAAGGAGCUGAUCAGAGCCCAGCAGAGGGCAGCAGUGAGUCAGGCUGAAGGACUCCUGGAACGCCUGGAGCAUGAGAUAGCUGAGCUGAAGACAAGAGACACUGAAUUAGAGAAGCUGUCACUCACAGAAGAUCACAUACUCUUUCUCCUGAGAUAUCCGUCUCUCUCCAGUCUAUCUUCAGACUUACCCAUCAUCCUAGUCCCUCCUCCACUGUACUUUGGAGAUGUGACUGAGGCUCUGUCUGAGCUGAGAGCGAAAUUAGAGGACCUCCUUAAAGGGGAGUGGCUUAACAUCCCAACCAAAGUGAGUUUGGUUGAUGUUGUACUGCCACUAGAGCCUAAGACAAGAGAUGACUUCUUAAAAUAUUCCUGUUCCCUCACAAUGGACCCAAACACAGCACAGAAACACAUCCGUCUAUCUAAUGGGAACAGAAAGGCAGGAUGUGUGUGGCCGCAGCCUUAUCCUGACCAUUCUGAAAGAUUCUAUAAAUGUUUGCAGGUGCUGUGUAAAGAGGAUGUAUCUGCACGCAGUUACUGGGAGGUAGAGUGGAGUAGUUUAGGGGUUUGUAUAGCACUCUCCUACAAAGAUGUAGGGUGCAAUGCUGACUUUGAAUUUGGAUGCAAUGACAAGUCCUGGAGCUUGCAAUGUUAUAAUGGUGGUUAUAGCUUCAAAUACAAUAAUGUUGCUACUAAAUUGUCAGGCCCCAUGUCCUCCAGGGUAGGAGUGUACCUGGAUCAUAAGGCAGGUACUCUGUCCUUCUACAGUGUCUCUGACACAAUGACCCUCCUGCACCAAGUCCAGACCACAUUCACUCAGGCACUCUAUCCUGGGUUUGGGUUUGGCUUUGUUUCUUUGGUACGUGGGUCCAGUUUUGAACUGUGCUAGAUGGAUUAUAAUUUUGUAAUUCAGAAGAUGAUUUACGAUACAAUAUUUAUUCUACUGUCAAUAUUGUGUAGACAUAGAAACUAGAUUAUCUGUUUUAGGAGCAAAA